AUGGCCGCGUCCACCCUGUCCGUCUGCUCCAGCGACCGGAGCUACGGCAGCCGCGUCUGCCUGCCCGGCUCCUGUGACGCCUGCCCCGACUCCUGGCAGGUGGACGACUGCCCAGAGAGCUGCUGCGAGCCCCCUUGCUGUGCCCCCUCCUGCUGUGCCCCCUCCUGCCUGACCCUCAUCUGCACCCCUGCAAGCUGCGGGUCCAGCCCCUGCCAGUCAGCCUGCACCAGCUCCUGCCAGCCCUCCUGCUGCAGCUCCUCCCCCUGCCAGGAAGGCUGCUGUGUGUCUGUCUGCUGCAAGCCCGUCUGCUGCACCCCUGUGUGCUGCAAGCCCGUCUGCUGCACCCCUGUCUGCUGCACACCUGUCUGCUGCAAGCCCGUCUGCUGCACCCCUGUCUGCUGUGAGGCCUCCUCUUGCUCAGCCUCUUCAUGCUGCCAGCAGUCUAGCUGCCAGCCCUCCUGCUGCAGCUCCUCCCCCUGCCAGGAAGACUGCUGCCAGCCUGUCUGCUGCACCCCUGUCUGCUGCAAGCCCGUCUGCUGCACCCCAGUCUGCUGCAAGCCCGUCUGCUGCACCCCUGUCUGCUGUAAGCCCGUCUGCUGCACCCCUGUCUGCUCCGGGCCCUCCUCCUGCUGCCAGCCCAGCCCCUGCUCCUCGUCCUGCUGCAGACCGUCCUCCUGCAUGUCCCUGCUCUGCCGCCCCGUGUGCAGGCCCGCCUGCUGCGUGCCCGCCUCCGCCCAGAAGUCCUGCUGCUGA